UCCAUGGUUUAUGUUUCCCUCUCCUUUUCUUUUAUCUCACUCUCUCUGACAGUUGAGCUCAACACGCUGACAGUAACUGUCAUUGCAGUUCUCUUCACGAACUUUCUUCUGAGGGCGUAUCUCUCAGCCAUUUUCUUUACGAAGCUUCUCUCCUUCAUUUUUAUCCUCAUAAUAAUCAUUUUCUUUCUGAAAGCAACAGCUAGCAAGUGGGUCAAGGAAGGCCAAGGUCUGGAUUUUAAGCUUUUGCAAGUUUGGUGCUUAAGAUUGGACAUUUAACUGGCUGAAGAAAAUGGAUUUCAAGCGACUUAAAUUUGUAAGGUUUGAAGAUUGGAGUUCAGAGAGAUCUGAGAGUUCUGAGUGGAGAUAUUCUAUUGAUGAUGGACCACAACUGAGAAAACCAAGAUCAACUUUUGGCAAUGUUUUGAAGAUUAGUGGCAUUCCUUCUGUAGGUGAUCAGCCAAGUAAAGAGUCUGGUCCUCCUCUUAGGAAGACAAUUCUUGAUCCACAGGGUCAAUUUCUUCAAACUUGGAAUAAAAUAUUUGUACUCUCUUGUGUCAUAGCUGUUGCCCUGGAUCCUUUGUUCUUUUACAUCCCAGUGAUCGAUGACAAGGACAAAUGCCUUGAUUUAGAUGAAACUCUGACGAUUAUUGCUUGUGUUCUUCGUUCACUCUUUGAUGCCUUUUAUGCACUUCAUAUAAUCUUUCAGUUUCGAACUGGGUUUAUUGCUCCUUCUUCUCGAGUAUUUGGAAGGGGUGAGACAAUAACUGAUCCGGUGGCUAUUGCAAAAAGAUACUUAUCCACAUACUUCUUCAUUGACAUUCUGUCAAUUCUUCCAUUGCCACAGGUGGUAACGUUUCUCAUCAUUCCCUCAAUGAAAACCGAAGUUCCCUUAGUCAUGAAGGAGAUGUUGAAGUCAGUAAUCUUCUCCCAAUAUGUGCCAAGACUUUUGCGGAUCUAUCCACUAUAUGUAGAAGUAACAAGAACCUCGGGCAUACUGACUCAGACAGCAUGGGCUGGAGCUGCUUAUAAUCUUUCUCUGUAUAUGCUCGCCAGUCACGUUGUAGGAGCUUUUUGGUACUUGUUUGCCAUUGAACGAGAGGAUACAUGCUGGCAUAAACACUGUGACAACACUAUUGGUUGUGAAGAUAAAGAUUUUUACUGUGGAAAGGACCGUAGCAAAAGCUAUGUAGAUCCAUAUAAAAAUUGCCCUUUUAUUGAUCCUGAUGACAUUAAAAAUAAAACGGUCUUCAACUUUGGAAUAUUUACUGAUGCUCUUAAAUCUGGAGUGGUGGAAUCAAGAAAUUUUCGAGAGAAAUUCUUUUACUGCUUUUGGUGGGGUCUUCGUGGUCUUAGUUCUCUUGGCCAAAACCUGAAAACAAGCACUUAUGUUGGGGAGAUAAUCUUUGCUGUCUUCAUAUCAAUCUUUGGGUUGGUAUUAUUCUCAUUACUUAUUGGCAAUAUGCAGAAAUAUCUGCAAUCCACAACGGUGAGAGUGGAAGAGAUGAGAGUGAAAAGGACUGAUGCAGAACAGUGGAUGUCCCACCGUAUGCUCCCUGAGAACUUAAGGGAGCGGAUCAGACGAUACGAACAGUAUAAAUGGCAAGAAACCAGAGGUGUUGAGGAAGAGAAUCUAGUUCGUAACCUUCCUAAAGACCUAAGGAGGGACAUAAAGCGACAUCUUUGCUUAGAUCUUCUCAAGAGAGUGCCAAUGUUUGAAAAAAUGGAUGAACAACUAUUGGAUGCGCUUUGUGAUCAUCUCAAGCCAGUACUAUACACAGCAAAGAGCUGCAUUGUCCGUGAGGGGGAUCCAGUGGAUGAGAUGCUUUUUAUCAUGAGAGGAACCCUAGCCACUAUGACUACCAAUGGUGGAAGGACUGGUUUCUUUAACUCUGCUGAUCUCAAGGCUGGUGACUUCUGUGGAGAAGAGCUUCUUACUUGGGCAUUGGAUCCUCACCCCUCUACAAAUCUCCCCAUCUCAACUAGAACAGUGGUAGCUAUAAUAGAGGUUGAAGCCUUUGCUUUAAUGGCGUAUGACUUGAAGUUUGUGGCAUCUCAGUUUCGGCGUCUUCAUAGCAAGCAGCUCCAGCACACUUUCAGGUUCUACUCCCUACAAUGGAGGACGUGGGGAGCCUGUUUUAUCCAAGUAGCUUGGCGCCGGUAUUGUAAGAGAAAGCUUGAUAAGUCUUUGCGUGAAGCAGAAGACAGACUGCAAGAUGCUUUGGCAAAUGAAGCUGGGAACUCACCAAGUCUUGGUGCUACUAUUUAUGCAUCAAGGUUUGCUGCAAAUGCACUUCGAACCUUGCGACAAAAUGGUGCACGCAAGACUAGAGUGCCACAAAGAUUGCUACCACUGCUGCCACAGAAGCCUCCUGAACCCAAUUUUGAUGCUGAAAAUCAUUAGUAGCAUGGCGUUUCAACUUUCAAGUGAAUUAUACUGUAAGUUUGUGUUAUACAUGCAUUGUUCAUAUGUGAGAGUUUUCUGUACAUAUAUAUAGCACGUGCAACAUGUUUUAUAAGCAAACAUCCUACUUUUAAGUAUCUAACUGAUUUAUAAGCUGGCAUCAAUAAUUCUCUGUUCACAAUAGACAAUGAAAGGCACACUUU